AUAAAGGUACAUAACCUAAAAGUUGAAUCUUAUUAUCACUGCACAUCUGUGUCGUACGUAUCACACUGUAUAUAUAACUGUAUUUAAGAGACGGUCGUCCUCUAUUUCUUUAUAAAAUUUUUAAUAAAUACAGUCACCGUCCAAAUAUAAGUAACCAUAGAGAAAUACUCGGUCAAAAAUUAAUAUGAACGCGAGAAAUAAACAUGAAUACAAUUAUUCGCUGUGCUGCUAAUCAUAGGUCUAGAAUGGCUGCCAAACAGCUAAUUUAUCCUGCAGCCGAGCGUAAUAAAGAUCCAAUUCUAUCAGUUCUUCAAAAAUAUAUUGAGCACAGUGCAGAUAAAAUUUUUUUGGAAAUUGCGUCUGGCUCUGGACAACACGUGGCCCAUUUUGCCCAACAAUUUCCUCAAAUUUUAUUUUAUCCUUCGGAAUACGAGUCGAGACUACUUGAAAGUAUUGCAGCUCAUACGAAUGGACUUACAAACGUAAAACGUCCUUUAAAAAUAGAUAUCACAACAGAUUUUCAUACUUGGGGUAAUGAUAUUUUUAAAGAAGCCAGUAUCGAUUAUAUGUACAAUGCAAACAUGAUGCACAUUUCACCUUAUCAAUGCUGUAUUGGUUUAUUUGACAACGCGGGUAAAUUAUUAAAAGAUAAUGGUCUUUUAUUUACAUAUGGACCUUAUGCUAUAGACGGGAAAAUAACACCAGAAAGUAACGUCAAUUUUCAUAAAUCUUUGAAACUCCAAGAUUCAAGUUGGGGUGUCAGAGAUAUCAAUGAUCUGAAGGCAUUGGCAGAAAAGAAUGGUAUUAAGUUGAUAAAUAUUAUUGACAUGCCUGCUAACAAUAAAACUAUUAUAUGGAAAAAAAUGUCGAGUACACAGUAAUAUAUUUAAAUUCUGUAUUAUUUUGCUUAUAAAAUAUAUUUAAAAAUUAUUAAAUCUGUAUUUUGAUAAAGUACAAUAUUUUUAUUUAAGUCUAUAUCUUAAUAUGUAAUUAGCAUAGCUUUUACAUUACACUCUGUAUUGUAUAGUAUAGUAAAUAAUAUAAUAAAUGUAUUGUAACCAAUCUUUCAUUAAAACUUGUCGAAAACU